GAUAAAUGGCUGGAAAUUUCCACCUAGAAAAAGGGGGUCAGAAAAUGUUCAGACUUUUCCCUUUCCUUAGUAAAUAGAGAGGAAUCCUGCAAGUAAAACAAAAUGUGGACUUUCAUAUUGUCCUUGUCGUCCCUGGUUGUGUACGUUGUUGCACAGACCGCUGAACAACUGGCUGCAGUAGACACCACAAAAGCCGCUGUGCAACAGCAAAUUCUGGAUCUGGUCAACGAAUGUCGAAGAACUGUUCAGCCAACAGCGACCAACAUGUUGAAAGUGCAAUGGAAUGCAGAAGCUUCAAAAACUGCUGAAGCAUGGGCCAAACAGUGUCAAUUUGUACACAGCAAACAAGCUGACAAACAAAUAACAAAUUAUAUUUGUGGAGAGAACCUCUACAGCACUUCCUACGCCACAAACUGGAAAGAAGCUAUUGAAAAAUUUUGUAAUGAAAAAGUCAAUUUUACUUAUGGACAAGGAAAGGUGUCUGGAACUGUUGUUGAACACUACACUCAGCAAGUCUGGUAUAACUCCUAUUUGAUCGGUUGUUACGCUGCUUACUGUCCCAAUGGAAAAACAUACAAAUGGUUCUUUGUGUGUCAUCAAUGCCCAGAAGGAAAUCUUAACCAAAUUAUUAGGCCAUACACGUCUGGGACUACUUGUGGAGCCUGCCCCAAUAACUGUGAUAAUAAACUGUGCACGAAUUCUUGUAAUAUCGGCAAUACAUUUACCAACUGCAAUACCUAUAAGGGGAGAUGCGACGUUCAAGCAGUGAAAGAUGGAUGUAAAGGAAUGUGCCAAUGCCCGAAUGCCAUUAUAUAAAAAUCCACCUCCUUGUUUUCAGAAUGAUCAUGAAGAAAAAAAUAUAUAUUAUGAGAGGAACUAAAAUAAAAUAAUAUAUCUCUAUUGUGGAAAUUAA